ACAGACCGGAGCAGCAUCCCCGCGUUAUUGUAGCCAGGCUUCCUUCAGCUGUUCCCGCUGCACCUGCGUGAGCCCCUUCAGUGAAGCGAACCCACAGCGCGAUCACAGCAGCGGUGCGUGGAGCCCGGAGAGGAGGAGACGCGAGUGAGCGUGGCCGGGAUGAAGCAGGAGCGCACGGACCGUUUCCUCCGGUAAAAGAGCGGAGCAGGAGCCUGGACAUCACCGGCGGGAAGCGGAGGCGGAGGAGGGGGGGAAUUCGGGGAUACAGCCAUGGCGACGGGAGGAGGAGGCGGAGGUGGAGGAGUGAGGCGCAGGAGGAGGAAAGCGGGGCUCCCGGGGCUCUGCUGGAAGACCUGCUACUUCCCGCUUUUGUUCUGGGUCGUUUCCGCGUGCGGGGAGGAGAAGACGUUCAUCGUGGAGACGUGGCUGAAGAACUACGGCUACCUGCUGCCGCACGACGUUCGGACAUCAGACCUGCGGCAGGAGAAGGCCAUGCAGUCUGCCGUGGCCGCCAUGCAGCGCUUCUACGGCAUCCCUGUGACGGGAGUGUUGGAUGAGACGACUAUCGAGUGGAUGAGGAGACCUCGCUGCGGCGUCCCAGAUCAUCCUCACACCAGCCGGCGGCAGAGGAACAAACGCUACGCGCUGACGGGACAGAAGUGGAGAGAUAAAAGGAUCUCGUACAGCAUAUCCAACUUCACCCCCAAAGUUGGAGAGAAGGACACCCAGAGAGCGAUUCGACAAGCCUUCAAUGUGUGGCAGGCCGUCACUCCGCUCUCCUUCCAGGAGGUGCCGUACUCGGAGAUCAAGAACGAGGGCAAAGAGGCUGACAUCAUGAUCUUCUUCGCCUCUGGUUUCCACGGUGACAGCUCCCCGUUCGACGGAGAGGGGGGCUUCCUGGCCCACGCUUACUUCCCCGGCGCCGGCAUCGGAGGAGACACGCACUUUGACUCCGAUGAGCCCUGGACGCUUGGCAACGCCAACCACGACGGUAACGAUUUGUUCCUGGUGGCGGUGCACGAGUUGGGGCACGCGUUGGGUUUGGAGCACUCCAAUGAUCCCAGUGCCAUCAUGGCUCCUUUCUACCAGUACAUGGACACGCACAACUUCAAGCUGCCGCUGGACGACCUGCAGGGCAUUCAGAAGAUCUACGCACUUCUGGUUCUGCUGGAGGACUUCACUGUUGUACCGUCACUAAGGACACAUCUUCUUUAUCUCUGCCAGUUUUCAUCUCCUCUCACCGUCCUUUAUGACCAGCUGCAUGACUCAGAGUCUCCUCAGGACCGGUGGUUUUGGCGUCUCAGGAACAACAAGGUGCAGGAGGGCUACCCCAUGCAGAUCGAUCAGUUCUGGAAAGGCCUGCCACCUCGCAUCGACGCCGCCUACGAGAGGACCGACGGCAAAUUUGUCUUCUUCAAAGGUGAUAAAUACUGGGUGUUCAGGGAGGUGACGGCUGAGCCAGGGUACCCUCACAGCCUGGUGGAGCUGGGCAGCUCCCUCCCCAAGAGUGGCAUCGACACGGCGCUGCGGUGGGAGCCCGUCGGGAAAACGUACUUCUUCAAAGGGGACCAGUACUGGCGUUACAACGAGGAGAAGCACACCACAGACGCAGGAUACCCCAAACCCAUCACUGUGUGGAAGGGAAUACCGGACGCUCCGCAGGGCGCCUUCAUCAGCAGGGAGGGAUACUACACCUACUUCUACAAGGGGAAGGAGUACUGGAAAUUCGAUAACCAGAAGCUGACUGUGGAGCCCGGAUAUCCAAAGUCCAUCCUGCGUGACUGGAUGGGCUGCGACCAGUCCGACAUGGAGCGCUCCGGCAACAACGGUAACCCUGGUGACCGCCAGCUGCCCCCGGAUGAUGUCGGCAUCAUUGUGACCAUCAACGACGUCCCCCCGACAGUCAAUGCCAUCGCCGUGGUGAUCCCGUGCAUUCUGUCGCUGUGCAUCCUGGUGCUCGUGUACACGAUCUUUCAGUUUAAAAACAAAGGAGUGCAGCAAAACACCAUGACACAGCACUACUAUAAAUACCCCGUUCAGGAGUGGGUAUGA